CCCAUACCCAUACCCUCAUUUCUCUUUUCUCUCUUUCUUUCAUUAUAUAUACUCUUCUUCUCUCUUCUUCUUCCUCUACCCCUUUUGAUCUUUCCCAUUUCCCCUUUAUUCUACCCUUGAGAAACUCAAUGAGCAGUAGUGUUUGUGCUGAUCACCAACACAACAAAUCCCCUUUCUCUUCUUUUCAAUCUUCUUCUUCUUCUUCUUCCUGUUCUUCCUCUUUUCUUCACCACAUUAACCUUCCCCCUACGAAGAACCACCUUGAAAUGUCUUCUGAUUCACCCCGCUUUUCCUAUGCUGUUGAAUCUCUUUUGCAGAAAUUUUUGCCUUUUAAUGGUGAGGAUGAAUUAGAGGAAGAUGGGGAUCCCUAUUCUUCAGAUCAUUUUCGGAUGUAUGAGUUUAAGGUAAGGCGGUGUACUCGUAGUCGGAGUCAUGAUUGGACGGAUUGUCCCUUUGCUCAUCCUGGAGAGAAGGCACGACGUCGUGAUCCUCGUCGCUUUCAUUACUCUGGUACCAUGUGUCCGGAGUUUCGUCGCGGCGGUUGUGGUCGUGGUGAUGGAUGUGAGUUCGCUCAUGGAGUUUUUGAGUGUUGGCUUCAUCCGGCCAGGUAUCGGACUGAAGCUUGUAAAGAUGGAAAGAAUUGUAAGAGGAAGGUUUGUUUCUUUGCUCAUUCACCUCGUGAGCUUCGUCUUUUGCCUCCUGUCAGCAAUUUCCAAACCGGUUCUUGUUCUUCGCCCAAUAAUAAACGAAGUUCUUCUUCGCUUAGAUCUCCCUCUACUGCCUCUGCUUCUAAUCACUGCUGUUUGUUUUGUCAUUGCGGUGGAGCCGCCGUUACUUCCUCACCGACUUCUACGCUUUUCGGAAUGUCUCACCUAUCUCCGCCGCACUCUCCCCCGCACUCGCCGGGAAAACCUAUAAACGGAUUUUCCCCGAUUUCCAGGUACAAUCCUGAUCAGUCUAAGUUAAACGGAGUUUUGAGCUAUAAAGAUGCACUGACUGAGCUCAUGAGCUCAAUCGAAUCUAUGAAUAUGGAUGACGCCAAUGCAACUUUAGCCGCCGCCGCCGCCGCGGCUUCCGGUCCAAGACAAACAAUCCCUUGGAUCGAUGUUUCCUCUCUCAACAAUGAAGAUCAACUGCAGUUCGUUCUCUCACCUUCUACUCCAAAUGUCUCCACCGCGUCAGUGAAAUUUUCCGUUGAAAACAAUAAUAAUAAUGGAUGGGCCUCCGCGUACGCCUCGGCCUCCACCUCUGCCUCCGAUCCAGAUCUGGGAUGGGUUAAUGAUCUGCUGAUGUAAAGUGAAGAAGAACGAAGAAAACUAAUACUUUUUUUUGGUCGAGGGAAAUGUAAAUAUUACACCAUCCGUAUAUAUAGCGCAGUAUUAUUAUAUAUAUGGUGAGAAGGUGUAAAAAAGAAGUGAUGAAUAAUGAUUGUGAAUUAUUGUUUUGCAAAUUGUUGAGGGGAGGGGGGAAAAGCAGCUGCCUGCUCAUUUUCCACUUAGAGAAUUGUUGUGUUUGUUUUGUUUAUGUUUGUAUUUAGGAACUCAGAUGAAGGGAUUAGAGGUGAGAAGGUGAGAGAUCUAAUUUGCAAAAAAUUUCCUGUUUUUGUUGUGUAUUAUUAUUCCUAAUUUCUCUUAAUGUAAUUUUAAUCCUAAACUUUCUUCACCAUUUUUAUUAUAA